CGUGAAUAAGCAAAUAAAAGUGAAAAUAAAAAGAUGGCAAAAACUUGUCUCAAGAUGGCAUUACUACUACUCAUUGCAUCACAUUGCAUUGUACUGUCAAUGGCAUUAUGUGAAUCUAAAGAGGACUGUGUAAUUUUUAAAUGUGAAGUAGGAACUCAUGCUAUUUGUUCUAACGGCCAAUGCACAUGCGUAGCAGAUCAAGUAAAUGAAUUUUAUUGUCAGAGUGAUGAUGAAUGCAAACCUCAUUGCAAACCUCAUUGUAAAUUUGUAAACUGCAUUGAAGGAACUUGUAGUUGUGGCUGUAUUAAAGCAUAGUAUUGAACAUGUACACAAUUUAAUCAAUGAAAUAA